UAGAUUGAUGGAGGCCUCUCCUUCCAUUUCCUUGUUUUUCAACGUCCCUUGAGAAUCAAGCCCCUCAGGCAUUCAUCCAUCCAUCCAUUCCCUCCCUUCGGAUUGCCUCGUAUCAUGUAUUUAUACGAGUCUUAAUUGCCGGUUCCGAGACGGGGAGAGAAAGAGACGGAAACACGCGGGAAGGGAUGGAUCAUUCGCCCGAUGGAGUCAGCCUGAUGGCUGUCUGUGCGGUCUCCGGGAGCGUAGCUCUUCUGGCAGUUCAAGCAUACAAGCGCCUCUUAUCGGAUUUCAUGAAGAGGAUGGAACAAGAACUCGGUGGUUCUGGGAAAUCUGAAAUUAGUAGAAGGCCGAGGGUUCGUUUCACAGAUGAUACGAUCAUGCCAUUACCAGAUGAGGCGGAAUAUUGCGGCGCCAAACAAGCUAAAGGCGACCGCAGUAGAACCGAGCAGACGAUGCCCGUAAAUCGACAAGUCUUGUACAGAGGGAUACUGCAAUAUAGGAACUUUAGGGGGCAUCACGUAUCAUCAGAUUCCUUCUAAUUAUGUAAUUUAAUCUGCCCAAUGUACCAUUCUCGAGAAACAUUGAUAAAAUUUCACCAUU